AUGCACAACCUCCAUCUCUUCGCCCUUCUCGGGGCUCUCGCUACUGGCGUCCGUGGCCUUAAUGAGCGCUCCCCUCGUACGGUGUACUCUUCCCUGUCGGUCGGAGCGAAGCAGCUGUUCGACGAAUCAAUGGACUUCAACGAGCAGUUCUGGGACGAGUCGGAGGGCUACUUGUAUCAGAUCGAUUCUUCCGGCAUCCACGAUACUCGCGCGACGGCCAUGUGGGCUCCUGCUCUUCUCGCUCGCAAUGGCAAGAAUGGAGGAGACCUUGCGCGCGCGAUUCGCAUCUUCAACCAGAUCGCCCCUCAACAAUAUGAUCAGAACGGCACUUUGUGGUACGGUACCUACCCCCACACCCCUCAAGAUCCGUUUCCGGGAACUUCGCUUCUCGGAACGACACCGUACUCAUCGUAUGAUCCGAACUGGCGUGACUUCAUCGCAACUUCUUGGGUAUUAGCUCUUGAACAGAGCGGCCAUCUUCUCCCCGAGUCGGUGAUCAGCGGGGUGGAACAGUCUCUUCUCAAAGCUGGCAGGGGCAAUCUAUUGCGCUACCAAGGUCGCGGGGCCUACGCCAACUCUGUUUCCAUCAACAAGACUGCUGAUAACCUUGAUGCUGCGUACACAAAUCCAUACUUGAUGGGUACUUUGGUCAUGAGCUACAUUGGACAUCGCCUCAAUGACGCGGAACUCAUAACAAAAUCUGAGGAAGAUGCGCAGACCAUCUACGAUCUUUUCACAUUCGGCCAUUUCAAUACUUUUGCGGAGUAUAACAGCGGCACAUAUACUGGCGUCGAUCUGUGGGCAUUGGCGCUGUGGAACAAGUACGCUCCAAAAGGAAGUAAGCUCGCCAAGUACGGACCCUUCAUGUUGAACAGCACUCUCAUCGAUCUCGGCACACUCUAUCAUGCUGGACUGCGUAAUCUUGCUGGCCCUUGGGAUCGAUCGUACGGCUACGACAUGACUCGGUAUCACAGCGUAUUUGGCCAGCUCGUGACAUCCCUCGCACCUCUGCACAAGGGUGCAGUCCCAUCUCCGCCCGCAGGAGGCCUUCACACUAACGAUGCCGCAUGCUUUGCCCCCCUGAUGCCCCUCAUCUCUUCGAUCAUUGCCGAUGCCGCUCCCAAGGGCGUCCUUUCGAGCUUCGCUGCAUUCGGGGCCAAGGAGCGAACUCUCAAACGUUCGCUUCGUACCAACGUCGUUGACGAGACUGCUAUCCGUAAUGUCACGGCGUGGCUAGGUGAAACCACCUCUAUCGGUGGUCAGUCGCUCGACGAGCCAUCUGCACGCCAGGCUUCUGAUGUCGCAGCCGUGAUCCAAUGGCUUCUCCCUUCCUCGCUCUAUCCGUACGCUACUGCCACUUCCCUCCCUAAGAUCGGCUACAUCGCAUUGUCUCCGCCCACUGCAUCCGUGGUCAACGCCACUGCCUCGAAGAACACACUCACAGUCUCAUUCCCGCCCUCGACACGCUGGACGAACGCAACAGCUCCCACCCUUGUCACGUUCGCUGUCGGUGGCUUCGACAUGCGUACGAGUGGCGCAGACAUGACGAAAGGCCUCUUAGGCGUUCCGGGAUUGAAUGUCUCGGUAGUGACCUCAGGCCUGGGUAACCAAACAACGGCGUACAGCCAGGAUGGAUGGAAUGGAUUCUAUUUCUUCAAUGUCAGUUAUCCGGUCACCGCAAUUUGGCCAUCCGUGCCGAGCAUCGCCAUCAUCGUGUCUUGA